GGUCCGCUGCGAAGAAGCGAGUUAUGGCGGCGUAAACAAGGCGAGGGUAGGAUAUUUGAAGUGGUCCCUGCAAAUGAACUUUUAAUAACACAGUCACAACAAGUAUGUUUUCAAAUAGUAUACUUAUUCCUUGGUCGGACACCAUUAAAAUCCAACCAACCGAUUCUACGGCCGUUUAAUAGUUUUAUGAAGCUCAUAGCAAGGUUUGCUAAUUAACUCAUAACUGUAAAAAUGCAAUGUGUCGUGACCGGAGGAAACGUGAAAGUGCUGGGAAAAGCCAUCCACUGUCUGUCCAGGAUCGGAGAUGAGUUGUAUGUGGAGCCACAGGAAGAUGGGCUGGCCCUGCGGUCUGUGAACUCUUCUCGAUCGGCAUAUGCUUGCUUCCUGUUCGCACCGCUCUUCUUCAGCAGGUACUCCAUUCCCAAGGAGCUCAGCUUCCGCUGCAAAAUGGCAAUAAAGAGUGUGCAGACUGUCUUCAGAUCUCUGGCAACUUUAGAAAAGUCGGUGGAAAAGUGUCACAUCAGCCUUGAUGAGCAAAAAGACCGCCUUACCUUCACAUUGCACUGCAAACAUGGACUCCUGAAGACACAUAACCUGUCUUACCAGGACAGUGAAAGCUUGGAGGCAGUGUUUGAUAAAGACAGCUGUGCUAAUGUGCUCAGAGCCCAGCCCAGAGUGCUGGUGGACACGGUUGCACACUUCCCUACGUCCUUGGAAGAAGUGACCGUGACGGUGAAUGAUGAACGGAUGUGGGUCAGGAAUUAUGUGGAGGAUGAAUCAGAGCGCUCAAAGGUAAUGCUAACUGAGCUGUGUCUGGCUGCCGAUGAGUUCGACCAGUUUGCCAUAAAAGCUCACAACAGCAUCACUUUUUGUCUUAAGGAGUUUCGGGGUUUGCUGUUGUUCGCCGAGUCCACUGGCCUUCCUGUGUCCAUGUACCUAGAUGAACCAGGCAGCCCUGUGGUGCUUUCAGUAACAGACAGUGUUCUGGAGGGGAACUUUGUGCUCGCAACGCUUUCGGAUGAUCGCAGUCCUCCAAAAAGCAACAGAGGGGCUGACGCAGAGCAGCCGCAACCUUCUGAUGACUUCAUGAAUGAUGACAUGGAUUCCUAUCUGAUCGCUAUGGAUACCAGCAUAGCACCAGGUCCCUCUACCUCAGACCUACCCGCACCCCCAGUAGCUGCAUCCAGAAAGCUCCCUGCACCCAAUAACAGGAGCAGAAGACACAGUGAGGAGGAGGAGGAGGAAGAUGGGGAGGAAGAUCUAGAGAGACCGCCAGACAAGAAGUUCCGUUCCUUGUUCUUUGGAUCGGUGCUUCCGUCGUCCCCUCUGAUGAGCACGCAGCCGGUUACAACUCAGGAAGUGCUGGCCAGCGACAGCGAAGAUGAAACUGAAGCAGAAUGACGAUCAAAGAAACAGAGAAAUCUGCAAACCUGACAGUGCUGUUAACACCAACACACCAGGAUUACUUGAAGUG